ACCCAGACACAACACAAGCUCAGCUCAACCAGAACAACAAGACAAUGAAGACUAUUGCAGCUUUUGUUCUUCUCGCCUGCCUGAUCGCUGUAGGGGUAAAAGGACAGGACAGGUCUUCAAAGGGCAGGUGCUUGUGUGCAGACAAAGGUGCAAACAUGGUUUUAAUGAAGAACAUUGAGAAGGUUGAAAUCUUCCCUCCAAGUUCAUCUUGUCACAAACAUGAAAUUAUUGUCACUCUGAAGAAUGGUGCAGGACGCAAAUGCAUGAAUCCAGAGUCAAAAUUCACUCAAAAUGUCAUCAUAAAGACUCUUGAAAAGAGGACUCAGCAGACUGUCCCACACAGUCCAACUGUCUCUGUGCCGCUGAAGAACACCAUGACAUCAUCAUCAUCAUCAUCAUCACCAACAUCCUUCAAAUGACUUCAUAGACCUGUAUUAAUAUUCUGUGUAAAAUGUUGGAGUUCAAUUUAAGGGGUAAAAACUUUAAAACUAAAACUAUUUCCUGGGUUGUUUUCACAAAUGUAUUUUCAUAAGAUCACUGAUCAGUGUGUCAUAUGUACAGGCUUUUUAUAAUUUGCUGUUUGAUUGUAUUUCAUUGUCCACAAAGAUGUCAA